CCUGGGAGCUCUGGAACAAGGAGAGCACCUUGUCAUCUCAUCACCAGAGGCCUGGACUGCACAUGGAUGGGUGAGGUAACAAGGCCUCGAAAUCUAAGAGGGGUUGUGCAAAGCCCUUCAGAAGAGCACCGUGACCACCUCAAAGGGCCCCAGAGCAACUGGCCUUUCACCAUGUGGCUCCUUGCUCUGGCCUUGGCUUCCCUCAACACUUGCAUGGCUCUUGGACACCCCUCUGGACCACCUGUGGUGGACACUGUUCACGGCAAAGUCCUGGGGAAGUACAUCAGCUUAGAAGGAUUCACACAGCCUGUGGCCGUCUUCCUGGGAGUUCCCUUUGCCAAACCUCCUCUUGGAUCCCUGAGGUUUGCUCCACCACAGCCUUCAGAUCCCUGGAGCUUCGUGAAGAAUGCCACCUCCUACCCUCCUAUGUGCUCCCAAAUUACAGGAGUGGGGCCGGUGCUCUCUGAUGUCUUCACCAACCAACUAGAAAAUGUUCUUCUUGAGUAUUCUGAAGACUGCCUUUACCUAAAUAUUUACUCCCCCACUGACCUGACAAGCAAUGACAGGCUGCCAGUGAUGGUAUGGGUCCAUGGAGGUGGUUUACUGUCUGGUGGAGCAUCAACUUUUGAUGGACUAGCCCUGUCUACCCAUGAAAAAGUGGUGGUGGUGGUCAUUCAAUACCGCUUAGGUAUCUGGGGAUUCCUCAGCACAGGAGAUGAACACAGCCGAGGGAACUGGGGUCACUUGGACCAAGUAGCCGCACUACAAUGGGUCCAGAACAACAUUGCUAACUUCGGAGGGGACCCAAGCUCUGUGACUCUCUUUGGCGAGUCAGCAGGAGGGGAAAGUGUCUCCGUCCUUGUUUUAUCUCCCCUGACCAAGAACCUCUUCCACAGGGCCAUUUCUGAAAGUGGUGUGGCCCUCACUCCUUGUCUGUUCAGGGAGAAUACAAGGCGUGGGGCUGAGCAAGUCGCCAUUGCUACAGGGUGCGAGGCCAAUACAUCAGCCAAUAUUGUUCACUGUCUGCGUGAGAAGACCGAGGAGGAACUCUUGGCAACCACAUUGAAAAUGAAAUUCUUUGCUCUCGAUUUGCUCGGAGACCCCCGAGAGAGCUACCCCUUCCUGACUACUGUGAUUGACGGAGUGCUGCUGCCAAAGGCACCUGAAGAGAUCCUGGCUGAGAAGAGUUUCAACACGGUCCCCUACAUCGUGGGCAUCAACAAGCAAGAGUUUGGCUGGUACAUCCCGACGAUGAUGGGCUACCCCCUCUCUGAAGGCAAACUGGACCAAAAGACAGCCACAUCCCUCCUGUGGAAGUCCUAUCCACUUGCUAACAUCUCUAAGGAACUGACUCCAGUGGCCACUGAGAAGUAUUUGGGAGGAUCCGACUGCCCUAACAAAAAGAAAGACCUCUUUUUAGACAUGAUGGGAGAUGUGUUAUUUGCUGUGCCGUCUGUGAUUGUGGCCCGCUAUCACAGAGAUGCUGGAGCCCCCACCUACAUGUAUGAAUUUAAGUACCGCCCAAGCUUUGUGUCUGACAUAAGACCCAAGAUGGUGAUAGCAGACCAUGGUGAUGAAGUUUAUUCCGUUUGGGGGACACCACUUUUAAAAGAGGGUGCCUCAGAAGAAGAGACGAACCUCAGCAAGAUGAUGAUGAAGUUUUGGGGCAAUUUUGCUCAAAAUGGGAACCCCAAUGGGGAGGGGCUGCCACACUGGCCAGAGUAUGAUGAGAAGGAAAGUUACCUUCAGAUCGGAGCCACUACCCAGCAAGCCCAGAAGCUCAAAGACACGAAAGCAACUUUCUGGACCCACCUCCGGGCUAUGGAGAUGGAGAAAGCAACCAAGGGAGAUACUGAGAAAUGACAUAGAAGGCAGCACAGCCAUGGAAGCCUUUAGGAGCCAGGGCAACACUGUUCCUCUGAAGGUGUUUGUAGCCCAAAGAGCUUUCUCAUCACAGAGGCUGAAGAACUGUGCAUUGGGAGUGGGCAGAAACCAGAAAAGAGAAAUGUUUGCAGCUAUGGUUUCAAUUUGUAAAAUAAAUGAAAAAAAAUUUU